GAGGUGUUCUUAUUCUUAGCGAGUGAGCUCAAUGAUACAGUGGUUGAGGCACAACUAAGGACGAGGAAAGUCCCACCUGGGCUUCCACAGGGAGAUGCGAUUGAAUGUUAUCUCAACUCCCACAAUCGAUUGCUCAUACUGUUGAGGCCUCAAGGAAAUCUGAAGUGGACAAAUUGAAAAAGCACUUCAGACUGGAGUUUAUGGAGGAGCAACCCGUGAGGCAUUAGCUAGCCAGGUCUGCUUCACACACAAAAAAAAAAACAAAGAAGAAAAGC